AUGAGUGAAUGGAAGAAAGAGCUUAAUCUUCCCCAGAGAGAUUCAAGGCCGCAAACUGAUGAUGUACUCAAUACCAAGGGUAACUCGUUCGAAUCGUUUCAUUUGAAGCGAGAAUUGCUAAUGGGGAUAUUUGAAGCAGGGUUUGAGAAGCCCUCACCCAUUCAAGAGGAGAGUAUACCGAUCGCACUGACUGGCAGAGAUAUAUUAGCCAGAGCAAAAAAUGGUACCGGUAAAACUGCGUCGUUUGUUAUUCCCUCACUACAAAAAAUCAAGCCUAAAAUGAAUAAGAUCCAAUCGUUGAUUCUUGUUCCAACAAGAGAGUUAGCUCUACAAACUUCGCAAGUUGUAAAGACAUUAGGGAAGCAUUUGGGAGUUCAGGUUAUGGUCAGUACAGGGGGAACUCUACUCAGAGAUGAUAUCAUUAGACUAAACGACCCUGUUCACGUUCUGGUAGGUACACCGGGCAGAAUUUUGGAUUUAGCAAGCAGAAAACUAGCAGAAUUUGACCAGUGCAAGACAUUUAUUAUGGAUGAAGCUGACAAAAUGUUAAGCAGGGAGUUCAGAAAUGUUAUCGAACAGAUAAUAACCUUUUUCCCUUCAAGAUUGCCAGGUGGUGCUAACGCAUACCAGUCACUUCUUUUUUCUGCUACGUUUCCUCUGACUGUCAAAUCUUUCAUGGAUAAGCAUUUGUAUAAGCCUUACGAAAUUAAUUUGAUGGAUGAAUUAACUCUCAAGGGAAUUACUCAAUAUUAUGCGUUUGUGGAAGAGAAGCAAAAACUUCACUGCCUUAAUACCCUAUUUUCCAAACUGCAGAUCAAUCAGUCGAUUAUAUUUUGCAACUCAACAAAAAGAGUAGAAUUACUUUCUAAGAAGUUGACAGAUUUAGAUUAUUCAUGUUAUUAUUCUCAUGCCAGAAUGCCCCAGGCGUCUAGGAACAAAGUAUUUCAUGAGUUUCGCCAAGGCCAUGUUCGAAACUUAGUUUGUUCCGAUCUUUUGACACGGGGGAUCGACAUUCAAGCUGUCAAUGUUGUCAUAAAUUUUGAUUUCCCUAAAAACGCAGAGACUUAUCUUCACAGGAUUGGUAGGUCUGGUAGAUUUGGUCAUUUUGGUAUCGCCAUCAACUUAAUCAACUGGGACGAUAGGUUUAACUUGUACAAAAUAGAGCAAGAGUUGGGCACCGAGAUCAAACCUAUCCCAUCAGAGAUAGAUAAGUCUCUUUACGUUGCAGGUGAUACUAGUGCCGUUCCAAGACCGUUUCCCUUGUCUAACUACCAGAGUAGUCAAUUGAGCGCAGAAUCCAAUUCAUCUUUCGAUGGCGUGGUUGUCCCUGAACAGCAGGGCAACCCUCAAUUUACUUACAACUCGACCAACGAGACCUCUGGUCACGAUCGACCAAUCUCAGCACGAGAACAAACAUAG